AUGAAUCAAUCGAUUAAACGAAUCAAUUCUGAACUUAAAGCUGCUUUAACACGUGAAGUAUUAAUUAUCGGUGCAAUUAUUAUAGUGUUCAUCUCAGUUAUACUCAAUGUGUUCUGUUGUAUUCGAUGUGCAUUAAUUCGUCAAUAUUCAAAAUCAAAAGAUCCACCACAUAUGCAACAUUUAUUUUGUAUGGCUGAAGAAAUACGUAAUGCACGUAUUGUGAAACAAAUCAAUGGGAAAGGUUUUAAUUAUCGUGAUAAAGUAGGAUAUCAACAACAACAUUUAGGUACAUUACUUCAUGAUGGUCAUAAAAUGAAUAAAAAAGGAAGCAGUCUAUUAUUAAUGAAUAAAAUUCAAUCACAAUCUAAUGGUUAUGAAUCAUAUCAACCAUCUAUUGAUUAUGGAUCAGAAUAUUUAACUGGUUUAAAUUGUCCUGGAUUUUUAUUAAAUGAUAAUCAAUCAUCAAAUGGUUUAUCAAGUGAUAUUCAUUUAAGAUAUUUACCAGAUGGUAAAUCAGGUAAUAGACAAUCUAUAUCAGCAUUCUCUAUUGUACCCGGUCAAUUUCCAAUAUCAUGGACUCAUCAUAAUAAUAGUAAUAGUAAUAUUGAAGCUCAUCGUCGAUCCAUAACUAGUAUCCAACGUAAUGGUGGUAAUUCUCUCGCUUCACAUCAUUCAUCUCAACAACAAAUUACCGAAGCUGUUACUAAUUUCUAUUUACAACAUCAACAACAUUUUAAAGAAUUACAAAAUCAUUUAAAUAAUACUAAUACUACUACUAAUAAUAAUAGUAAUAUAGAUACGGUUACAAUGAAUCAACUUGGUUCCGAUGGUAUGAAUUCAUGUUUUGGUAGUAUUGGUCAACCAGAUUCAAGUAUUUUAUCAGAUAUGAAUAUCAAUCCAUCAAAUGCAAUGAAUUGUGAAUCACCUAUAAUGAAUAGACAUAAUAAUGAUAAUCAUAUCAUAUUAAACAAUAUAAUACCCUUAACAAAUUCAUCUAUGAAUCCAUCAAAUUAUAUCAUACCUAUAGAUUCAAUAAAUCCAUUAAUUAAUAAUUAUACUAAUCAAUUAACAUCAAAUAUCAAUCGUAUACAACCAAUAGGAUCAUCACAAUCACAAUUAAUUACAUUAAUGAAUAAAUUAAAUUAUACUACUAAUACUACUAAUAGUACUACUAAUAAUCAAUCAAUUCAUAAUGAACAAAUUUUAACUCAUUUAUCAACUCUUAGUGAUACAUUAAAUUCACAAUCAGAUAGUGGAGCUGGUUCAGGAAGUGGAAAAAUUUCAAUGGAUUCAUCAGAGAAUAAAAUUAAUUCAUUUUAAUAAAUGAAAGAGAGAGACAGAGAGACUCAAUGUUCAAUUUAUUUGUUACAAUGAAUACUGAUUAAGCUUCAUGACAAAAGAGAGAAUGUAUGUAUGUGUGUGGUGAUAGGGGUGUGGAGGAGGAGAAGAGAGGUGGGUGAAUGGGGAGAGAGGGAGAGAGAGAGUGGAAAACUUCUCAAAUAAUCAAAAUAAUAUUCUAUUUAAAUGUUUAUCUUUUAUUUACAAAAUUUAUUCUCCAAGAGGAAUGGAAGUCUUUUUUUUUCUUUUAAAAUUACAUAUACUAGUCAUAAUUUUCAUGGUUUGAAUACGAACC